UCAUUUCCUUUUUACAAACAAAAAACAAAACACAAAGAGACAACAUCGUGGAACAAUCCUCGUAGCUGACGACGAGCAGUCCUCCAUUUCCAAACCCUCAAAUUUUCAGAAAUUAGGGUUUGGAAAUUCCCAAAUGUCAGAAAGCAGCAGCGCGGAAAGCAGUCGGGGCACCGGGCCGGACUUUAACCUACCCGAUGAAAUACUUUCAGUUAUUCCAACAGACCCAUACGACCAAUUAGACCUUGCCCGCAAAAUCACCUCUAUGGCCAUCGCUUCUCGGGUCACAAAUCUAGAGUCCGAAAUGGGUAGGCUCCGACAAAAGCUGAACGACAAAGAUCGUGUCAUCCUUAAUCUUGAGGAUAAGGUUUCUCAGCUUGAACAAGCGUGUCACGCGACUGAAUUGCGAUUGAACAUCACUCUCCAAGAUAAUAUGAAACUGUCGAAGGAGAGAGAUAAUUUGGCUUUUACAGCAAAGAAGCUUGGUCGUGACUUAGCAAAGUUGGAGACCUUUAAAAGGCAAUUGGUGCAGUCUUUGAGUGAUGAGGACUCAUCUCAAGCCGAAACUGUUGAUAUUGGGACUUAUGAUCAAUCUGUUCACAAGUCAUAUCCUGUAAAAGAGGAGGUGAAUGGCUACACAGUGCAUCAUUCGUUCAGUGGGUCUAUGGACGGCAGAGGAAGUAAUGGUGAUGCCUCAAAGCAAGCUUUGCAAAGAUUUUCCAGCCCUUACAUAACACCACGGCUUACUCCAACUGACACACCAAAAAUAACUUCCUCUAGUGUAUCCCCGAGAAGAUAUUCUGCUGCAGUAUCUCCUCAGACGACAUCUGGCAGCAACUCUCCAACAAUCCCGCAAUUUCAACGCCGAGUUUCAAUGUCAUCAUUCUAUCCUUCGAGUCAACAGUCCUCAGCAGCUAACUCUCCUCCAAGGGCACGGCCAAAACCAGCUCAAACUCCUCGAGCAGAUGGAAAGGAGUUCUUCCGUCAAGCCAGGAGUCGUCUGUCAUAUGAGCAGUUCAGUGCGUUUCUGGCAAACAUAAAGGAAUUAAAUGCUCAAAAGCAAUCUCGUGAGGAAACUCUGAAAAAGGCAGAAGAGAUUUUUGGAACGGAUAACAAAGAUCUCUACCUAUCAUUCCAAGGGAUGCUUAACCGCGGUGUUCGUUAAAAGUACAGAAAACCUUGGUUUUUAUUUCCCAUCUUAUGGUAGCUUAAAAUUUAACAGAAGUCUUGCCUUAGUGGCUGUUGUUUUGCAUGUGUCUAAAGUUGAGCUGAAGGCAUUUGAAACUCUCGAGCUAUGGUGCAACUUGAUGUGCAGGAUUGCUAAGCAUCAGCUGAGAAAUAUUUUGUGCUGCAACCUUCUAGAAAUUCAAACAAUUGGGAUUGGUGCAGAUUAUGCUAGCUGAUGAGUCAAUGAUCUCAAGUUUAAUUUUUUAUACUAGUUCGUGGAUGCAUGCUGUAAAUUAUUCCCUUCUUUUUCUCUCAUUUCAGUUUUUCAUUUUGGAUAUUUACCAUUACGUGUGGCACAUCUGACAGGAGCGAGUGGUGCCAGCAGAUGGAAGUUGAAUCAACUUGUGAGUUGGAUUUCCUUCUGUUGAUGCUCUCUCUCUUUCAUUUGCACGCGUAUUGGUAUGUAUUUGUUCUGCUACUUAACUUUCAGCAGCUAGCAACUCCCUUCUCUGGAGAAAUGACUAUCUGCUGUUAUUGCACAUGACUGAUAUCAUCCGAACUUUAAUAUGUAAGUUGAAGGGUAUGCUAUUGAUGUUUAGCAUCCAGAACUAGCAAACCAAAACUCUGAUUGUUGUAGUUGUAUCUACUGUAAGAAUCUAAUACAACGCACUAUCAGUUUAGAAGUA